GAGUUUUGACUUCCUUGUCGUCGUAUGCCCGCCCGCUAAACCCUAAAAUCUUCGUAAGCGGGAAUUAACAAGAAGUAAGAGCAGUGAGCAGCUCCCCUUCUUCUCAACUUGUCGGUCGAGGGUUUUUUUGGGUUUUCUUAGCAGAAGUUAUGGCGACUGUUCCAGUUAACCCCAAACCAUUCUUGAACAAUCUGACUGGAAAACCUGUAAUUGUAAAGCUUAAAUGGGGAAUGGAAUACAAAGGGUAUCUUGUUUCAGUUGAUGCCUACAUGAACUUGCAGCUGGCCAACACUGAAGAAUAUAUUGAUGGACAAUUCACAGGAAAUCUUGGAGAGAUUCUCAUCAGAUGUAAUAAUGUUCUCUAUCUUCGAGGUGUACCGGAGGAUGAAGAAAUUGAAGAUGCUGAACGAGAUUAGGAGUAGCAUAAUAGCUUCUUCAAUGGCGUCCGGAUCCUGCUUGAAGAUCAUGAUAUAUUUCUUAGUACUAGUCAGAUGAUGAGAUCCUACUAUUAUCUAAUUAAACUGACGUUCAGCUUUGAAAAUGAGAAGUGUAAAGCGCUUUUUAUCAGUAAAAAUGGAAUAUCAUGAUUUACUAAUGUUCUCAAUUGUUUUUUUUGGGAGGCCUAGAUGUACUCUUAGUAAAAUCAAUUCACUAAUGUCGUAAUGAGUCGUUAGGUUAAGGUUUCAAAGAAGUUACUUUCAAUUCAUUUGGUUCAUGUUAUACAAUAUCAAAGGUAUUUUUGGUUCAUUUUA